AGCUGUUAAUCGGUAACCGGGACCGGGAGCUGCGCAGACGUCGGGGCUGGCGGAGCUCUGCGACCCUCCUCCAAACAAGGACAUCGCCUUCCUCCCUCUGUCCUUACACAAGGGUGCUCCUACCGCCGAUCGCUGCCUUCUCUGCUCUUCCCUCGUCCUUCUCCAGCCAACGUUGGUCCCUCGCAGUGCAGUUUCUCUGAUGCGUUGAAGCUGCAUCACUUCUGGAGAUGGAAGAAAAACAGAUAACCCUGGACAACCUUGAGAAGGGUGCAGAUAACCCAGCUUUCAGCUCCCUGGGGGAGGAGAGACUCUAUGAGGAAUGUGAUGGUCCACGUGGCGAGAGCAAGGAGGAGAGGAGAGGAGAAGGGAGACUGUCCUCCUACUGCAGGAAGGCCCUGCAGCCGGCAUCCAAGGCAAAGCGCUUCUGCAAGGCUCAUGCCAAGGUGUUGAAAAUGGUCGUCCAGGGGCUUCUUGGAGUAGCCUACCUGUGCUACUUCAUUGCGGCCUGUUGGCUCAACUUUCAGCGAGCCCUUGCCUUGGUCAUCAUGACUGCUGUGGUUGUCUUCUUCACCUGCUGGAGCUUCUUUAAGAAGCACUGUGGGGCAAAGGUAUUGCUGCUCCUCAGCCCCGUUUGGAAGUGCUUCCAGAAGUCCUGGCCAUGGCUGAAAUGGCUGGUGUGGGUGGCCCUCCUGGGAGGCCUGAUCACGUGGCUGGCUUUGGACACCUCCAGAAAUCCGGAGCAGCUCAUCUCAUUAGCUGGCUUCUGCUUUUUGGUGCUGUUCCUGUUUGCCUGCUCCAAGCACCACGGCGCAGUGUCCUGGAGAGCCGUUUUCUGGGGUCUUGGCUUGGAGUUCUUGUUUGGACUCUUCGUCCUCCGAACAUCCCCUGGCGUCCAAGCUUUCCAGUGGCUGGGUGAUCAGAUCCAGUACUUCCUGAGCUACACCACAGCUGGCUCCAGCUUCGUCUUCGGGAACACGCUCAUUGAAGAAGUCUUUGCCUUUCAGACUCUGCCCAUCGUUGUUUUCUUCAGUUGUGUGAUGUCCAUCCUCUACUACCUCGGCGUCAUGCAGUGGCUCAUUGUCAAGAUCUCCUGGCUGCUUCAGAUCUCGAUGGGCACCACUCCCACCGAGACCCUCAGUGUGGCAGGGAACAUUUUUGUGGGACAGACGGAAGCCCCACUGCUCAUCCGCCCCUACCUGGCAGACAUGACCCGUUCAGAAAUCCACGCUGUGAUGACCGGUGGCUUUUCCACCAUUGCAGGCAGCGUGAUGGGUGCCUACAUAUCCUUUGGGAUAGACGCGGCAUCGCUGAUUGCAGCCUCCGUGAUGGCCGCACCCUGCGCCCUCGCCAUGUCCAAACUCGUCUACCCCGAAGUGGAAGAGUCCAAGUUCAAGGGCAAAGCAAGCAUCCGCCUUUCCAGCGGGGAAGAGCAGAACAUCCUGGAAGCUGCGAGCAACGGGGCUGCCGCCUCCGUGGGGCUCGUGGCCAACAUCGCGGCCAACCUCAUUGCCUUCUUGGCCGUGCUGGAGUUCAUCAACGCUGCUUUGCGCUGGUUAGGGGAGAUGGUGGACAUCGAGGGGCUCUCCUUCCAGGUGAUUUGCUCCUACGUCCUCAUGCCUGUGGCCUUUCUCAUGGGGGCAGACUGGGCAGACUCGCCGCUGGUGGCCGAGCUCCUGGGGAUCAAGAUCUUCCUGAACGAGUUCGUGGCGUACCAGCAGCUGGCCACCUACAAGAAAAACCGCCUGUCGGGCCUGGAGGAGUGGGACGGGAGCCGGAAGCAGUGGAUAUCUGAGCGAGCCGAGAGCAUCACCACCUUCGCGCUCUGCGGAUUCGCCAACCUCAGCUCCAUCGGCAUCAUGCUGGGAGGCCUGGCCUCCAUGGUGCCCCAGCGCAAGGGCGACCUGGCCUCCGUCGUGCUGCGAGCUCUGCUCACCGGCAUCUGCGUCUCCAUGCUCAACGCCUGCCUGGCAGGUCUCCUUUAUGUGCCAACGGAGCUGGGUGACUGCGUGACCUUCCUCAGCACCGCCAACUUCAGCUCUACCAGCUACACCACGUACAUGUGCUGCAAGCAGCUCUUUGCCAGCUCGGUGCUCGAGAACGGGACGCUCUCCUUCACGGGACCCUGGGCCGGCGUGGGGGACAGCGUGCUGUGCCUGACGCAGUGCUGCGGGCACUACAACCACACGUCCUGCAUAGGGACAACCUAGAAUCCC